AUGUGUCUUGGAGAAGUAGACGACUUCUUUAUGCUUUUAUGUGCAGUUUCACUGCUGAAUUCCUCCGACCAUCUCCCUUCCCACGAAGGACAGGAGGACAAUCUGACUGCGGUCACUGAGUUUUUCCUGGUAGGAUUUCAUGUCAGCCAAAAUUUACACAUUUUCCUGUUCUGUCUUCUUAUGUUGGUUUACUGUGGGACAAUAUGUGGGAAUCUCCUGAUCAUCACCCUAGUGUCCACCUGCAAGAACCUCCACACCCCAAUGUACUUCUUCAUCUCACAUCUGUCCAUCAGUGACAUCUUGGUGACCACAACUAUUGUCCCAAACCUUCUCCACAUUCUACUGAAUAAUGGGGGGACCAUGACUUUUAUUUGUUGUAUGGCUCAAUUUUAUUUUUUUGCAGUCUCAGACGGAUUUGAGUGUCUUCUCCUGGCUGUGAUGUCUUAUGACAGAUAUGUGGCCAUCUGUAAUCCUCUCCGUUACUCUUCUAUCAUGACAAUUGGACAUUGUGUUAUACUGACCGCCAUCUGUUGGUUGUCUGGAUCUUCAAUUGUCUUGAUUUACAUAAUUACAAUAACACAACAAUUUUUCUGUGGUCCAAAUAUCAUUGACCAUGUAUUCUGUGAUAUGGUUCCAAUAAUAGGACUUGCCUGUUCAGACACCAUUAUUAUCCACUUGGAGAUGUAUUUACUUGGCUUUCCAGUUAUUGUUAUUCCAACCACCAUCAUUGUAAUGUCUUAUACUUAUAUUGUCCUAACAAUCCUAAGGAUCCCAUCCAAGACUGGUAGACAGAAAGCCUUCUCCACCUGUAGCUCCCACCUCAUUGUGGUCUCCAUAUUCUAUGGGACGUUGUUCGGUGUUUAUAUUGUCCCAACAAAUGGACAAACACUGACCAUGAGUAAAAUCCUCUCCCUGCUAUAUACUGUGUUUACUCCUUUGGUCAAUCCCAUUAUAUACAGUCUUAGGAAUAAGGACAUUAAGAAAGCCGUACAGGAAACACUAAAUAAACGGGAGAUCUGUUUAUGUAAGAACCUUCUUUCAGCUCUUAGGAACACUGAACGGUCCAUCUCAUCGUCCUGGAUAGCCAUUGGGUCGUUACCGUCACAGACUACAGCCUAUAGUUCAGAGUUUUCAGUUCAGUCUCCAGUCCAGUCUACAGCCCCCAGCCUCUAA